AUGGCAUUCUUUCACGCACAGUCAUGUGAAUGCAUCAAAUCUGAGUUGGAUCUGUUUGCACUUCCUGCAACACAAACCAGUAUCGAAGGUGGGGAAUGGGUGUUUUACAAGCCUUUAUCAUCACUAUCAGACGAAGCGCCUAUUGAAUUCGUGGUCCCCGGAAAUGGAAAUGAUUACCUCGAUUUAAGCCACACAAUGCUCUACGUUACGGCGAAAAUUGUAAAACAAGAUGACGCGACUUUGGGUGCGGAAGAUGUUGUAGCGCCUGUCAACAAUUGGCUGCAUACGUUGUUCAGUCAAGUGGAAGUAUGUUUGAAUCAGAAAUUAGUGUCACCACCGAGCAAUACUUAUGCGUAUCGUGCAUACAUUGAAACUCUAUUGAAUUAUGGCUCUGAAGCCAAAGCAACUCAUCUGGGGUGUUCACUAUGGCACAAUGAUACUCCGAAGCAAAUGGAUACAUUAACAGCUGAUAACAAAGGUUUCGCUAUUCGUCAAAAUACCACAAAGCUCGGUAAAAUGGUGGAAAUGGUAGGUCACGUGCACGCGGACUUAUUUAAUCAAGAAAAGUUUCUCAUGAAUGGAGUUGAAAUGAAAGUAAAAUUUGUUCGAACAAGAGACACCUUUAGUUUAAUGGCUGCUACUGGUUCAACAUACAAAGUGAAAAUUGUGGAUGCCAGUUUACUGGUUAGAAGAAUGAAGAUUAAUCCUGUAGUUCUUCUUGCGCACACAAAAGCAUUAGAAACCACUGCAGCCAAAUACCCUAUUACUAGAUCGGAUGUGAAGGUGCUAACGAUUCCCGCAGGUGUGCAACGCAAAUCGUUGGAUAAUGUCUUCCUUGGACAACUACCAAAACGCUGCAUAAUUGGUUUUGUGUCGAAUAGAGCGUUUAACGGAGAAUACGCUUCCAAUCCCUUCAACUUUCAUCAUUACAAGAUUAAUUAUAUGUCUCUGUACAUUGAUGGGCAGCAAAUUCCAUCAAAACCGUUACAACCAGAUUUCACUCAAGAAGGAUUAUACGUAAGGGCCUACCACACUUUAUUUUCUGGAACUGGAAUACAUUUUUUGAACGAAGGAAAUAACGUAUCACGUUUAGACUAUCCGCACGGAUACUGCCUAAUGACUUUCGAUUUAACGCCGGAUUUAUCCGCAAACGCCACAACUCAUUGGAACUUGGUAAAGAACGGUUCUCUUCGUAUCGAAGUUGGUUUCCAAGACGCUCUGACUGAGACGGUGAAUUGUCUCGUGUACGCAGAAUUUGACAACGUUAUUGAAAUUGAUAAACAUCGAAAUGUCAUCGCAGACUUUAACAUUUAA